AUGUUGGAAGUAACACAACUUGACGACGACGGAGUGGGAAUGCCUCCAUCUGAAAUUCUGGAAACCGAAUUGGCACAAUUAUGGGCUAUGCAGCUUAAUAGCACAUAUGCUGAAGAUGACGGGCCACAAGACGCAUUGCCUUCCCUUACUUCUAACGAACCUUUCUCGGGGUCACGUCUUGAUAGUGUAUCUGCUGAAGAUGCCAAUACUCAGGCAAUGUCAGAUAGACUGCCAGCCCUGAAACCAGAAGAAGAGUUUCCAAGUUCACAGCUUUCGAUACAUGACGAGGGAGACUGCCAUGUCCCAGAACGAUUAAUGGCAGAACGCGAAACACCUCUAGGCCUCCAAUACCUUAUUCAGUGGGAAGACUGUCCUGAAGAAAAGGACUGGACCUGGGAGCCUCAAGAUGUCAUCCUCCAAGACGCACCAGAUAUGUUAAUGGCUUGGAUGACGAGAGAUGUUGGCUUGGAAAGUGAGGCUAAUGCGGAAAAUGUAGCUAAUGUAUAUGUGCCUAAGAAGAUUUUGAGCAAGCGGAAACUCAAAGGCGCCACACACUAUUUGGUUCAGUGGGAGGGAUACCCAAAGAAGGAGGACUGGACUUGGGAGCCGUGUGAAAGAUUCAAUGUUGACGCUCCGCUGCUUGUGGAGAAUUUUGAGAAGGGGAAGAUGAAGAAGAAGAGACGGUAG